AUGGAUCGUAACAACCAAAACAUGCCAACGGAAGAAGCUCGUUCCAAGAGAGUUGUUACCCCUGAUGCCGCCGUGGAACACAACUGCUUCCUGUGUAGUCGGCCGGACAGUGCUGCUAAUCUUGUAGGCUGCGACAAAUGUGAGAAUUGGGCUCAUUACGAUUGCGCGGGCGUCUCAUCUUCAAUAGAGGCCACUGAGAAAUCUUGGGUAUGUGCAGCAUGCCUUUCAAAUACUGUUGAAGUCGCAUCGAAGGCUGCAUCAAGAUCCAGUAGACGAUCGUCACGAAUCCAAGAAAAUAUACAAAUGCUAGAAGAGGAAAAGGAUAUGGAAUUGAAAGCACUAGAGAAAGAAGAGGAAGACCGGAAGGAAUUUCGUAAGAAGCGAUUGGAAAUAGAAAAGGAAUUUCUAAAACAGAAAUACGAUGUCCAGCGAGAGGGUUCGAGAGGUAAUAGGAGUGAGCAAAGCAAAGCUAGCAGCAGGAAUAGUAGGCAAAUUGUAGAAAAUUGGUUGGCGAAGGAACCGGUGGGUGCACAACCGGAAAGAGUUGCUGCCUGGGAGUUUCCGCCGCAAUCAUCAAACACAGAGCCAUUCGUGUCAGUAGCUAGAGCUAUUUCUUCGAUCUCACUUAGUAGUCCCCCGAAUGUGCCUCUAGUUCCGAAAUCUGCCUCAACACCGUAUGCUGGACAAGGUUUACCGUUGCUAACUCCCGUAGUUCUUCCGGAUAUUCGAAUGCCGCAGUUAACGGUUGUCAGUCCGACAGGAUCACGUUUAGUACCGCGAGUGAGCGUACCAGAAACCUUUUCCCAAAAACUACCAUCAGCAUUACCAUUGGCAGAGCCCAAUCGGACAGCUAUGGAUCGCCCAGAGGACCUAGGUAAUCGACUUUUAGUACCAUCAUCGUUCUGUAUAUCACCAGACAGUUCAGCAAUGCGUUGUUUUGUCAAUUCACUAUGCGACAGAAGACCACUUUCUACAAUCUCGGAAGAAACAAUCGGACACAAUUUAAGCGUUCCACUGUCGAACUUCCAGCAACAACCUAUUGCUCCUAUGUCAGCGAAUGAAUCAGUUAAAAUUACAACAGGCCCCAAUAGUGGCCCACCUUUUGCAUACUCGGUAGUUCCAAACUGUACCGAUAUGACGUUAGUACAGGGCUCUGUCAGAUUAUCCGAAGGGGUGCCUCAUCCUUAUGCAUCUGCUAUGAAUAAUUCCCCUAAUGUUACAUGGGUGGUAGAUCCCCUAUCAUCCGUGCCAAUUACUACAAUAGCCUCUAGUUCAUUGCCAAUUGGGCACGAAGGGCUAAGCCCUCCAUCGACAAUGUCUCCGUUUUUGCAAAAUACCCGAGUGCUACCUGCGAAGCCAGUGGAAGUACCGUUACAGACGAGAUUGAAUUAUCGCCCACCACCAGUGAUACCUCGGGAAGAUUAUACCGGCCCGUCGAAUAAACAACUGGCAGCACGCCAAGUGAUCCAACGAGAACUUCCUGACUUCUCGGGACAUCCGCAAGAUUGGCCCCUAUUCUUCUGGUCUUUCAAGAACAGCUCCGAUUCAUGUGGUUUCACCAACGAAGAAAAUCUAGCGAGGCUUCAACGUUGCCUGAAAGGCCAGGCAUUGGACGCAGUUAAAAGUAAGCUACAAUUUCCAGCAGCAGUACCAGAAAUUAUAGAAACCUUGAAAAUGCUUUUCGGGCAACCAGAAAUUUUACUGUACACCAUGCUACAACAGCUCCGCGGUUUACCACCACCCAAACAUGAAAAUUUGCAAUCCAUUAUAACAUUUGGGCUGGCAGUAAAAAAUGCGGUGGAUUACUUAACAACAGCACAAUUGAGAGAACAUCUCUUUGACUCAUCGUUGCUGAUAGAACUAGUGGAAAAACUCCCCACACAGUUGCAGAUAGAUUGGUCACGCUUCAAGCGAAAGAACUCGGUUGUCAAUCUUGAAACGUUCAGCACAUUCAUGACAGAACUCGUUGUAGUUACAGCAGACGUUGUUUUACCGAAAAAGGCGGCUCUUAACCCCGAAAAGUCUGGAAAGUCUGUGCGUGAGAAGCAGAAAAUUUAUGUGCACGUGGAAGAUCAUGAAUCCGAGGAACCGUCGGAUUCUGAACAAGUACCAAGGAAGCUUUGCGUUUACUGCUCUAACCCUAGUCAUGAAGUGGCUAACUGCAGUCAGUUUAAAGCUCUCGAUGUAGAAGGGAGGUGUAAAGUUAUCAAGCAGAAAGGAAUGUGCAGAAACUGUCUUGUACCCCACAGAAGAUGGCCUUGCCGAUCUACUAAAGAGUGUAGAGUUGAAGGGUGUAGAGUACGACACCAUAGUUUACUUCACUCAAAUGCCACUAGUAGCCCCAGCAAUCAUAAUGUGAAAAACCAGGUUAACAGAGAAACUGCUUAUCAUAACCACCAUGCUGUGACUUCGUAUGCUCUCUUCCGAUAUCUGCCGGUUGAAAUACACUGUGGUGGUGAGAAAAUCGAAACAUACGCCUUCCUUGACGACGGAUCUUCAGCAACCAUGAUUGAAUCGUGGAUUCCCGAUAAACUUGGUAUCACAGGGAGAGUAGACCCCCUUUGGUUAUCGUGGACUGGGGACAUAUCUCGCGAAGAGAAGAAAUCGCAGCGAAUUUCCGUUUUAAUUUCCGCUCAGGGAUCGGACAAAAUGUUUAAAAUGGAAGACGUGAGGACAGUACCACAAUUGAAACUUCCAGAACAAUCGUUUGAUUAUGAAACCAUACAGAAAGAAUAUCCGCAUCUCAAGGGACUCCCUUUGCAAAGUUAUUCCAGUGCUACUCCAGGGAUUAUUAUAGGGAUUGAUCAAGUUCGACUGUUAGCACCAUUGGCUACCCGAGAAGGACGAAACAACGAGUUAGUUGCUGUAAAAACGCGUUUGGGUUGGAGCGUCUAUGGUAAACAAUUGAGUACCGCGGACUGUGUAGAGCAUCUUCAUGUUCAUGUUGAUCAGCAGACAUCGAACCAAGAACUGCAUGGACUGGUUGGUCAGUUUUUCGGCCUAGAAGAAUCCUUAGUUGUCAAACGAUUUGAUAAAAGUGUGGAAAAAGGGGCAUUGAGAACGCUCGAGGAAACAACGAGGCGCAUAGGCAACCGAUUCGAAACAGGAUUAUUGUGGAAAUAUCAAUAUCGAAGUUUUCCUAAUUCAUAUGCUACUGCAGUACGCAGAGAAAUAAGUUUGCAUAAAAAAUUGGAAAAGGAUCCUCAGUUGUAUAAAGUUGUACGAGAGCAAAUAAAGAACUACCUUGAUCAGGGAUAUGCACAUAAAAUAACCGACCAAGAGUUGGCGGAAACCCAGCCUGAACAGGUAUGGUACCUACCACUUGGCGUAGUGCGUAACCCAAAAAAACCGGAAAAGAUCCGUUUAGUGUGGGAUGCAGCCGCGAAAUCCUACGGCGUAUCGCUGAACGAUAUGCUGAGUAAGGGACCUGAUAUGCUAGCUUCCCUCACUGCCAUUCUACUACGAUUUCGUGAGAAGAACAUUGCUAUCUGCGGCGAUGUUAAAGAGAUGUUCCAUCAGGUAAACAUCAGAAAGGAAGACCGACAGGCGCAACGUUUCUUGUUCCGUGAUCAGCCCGACCAGCCACCCCAAGUGUAUGUAAUGGAUGUUGCUACCUUUGGCGCGUCCUGCUCGCCAUGUAUCGCGCAAUAUAUUAAAAAUUUAAACGCCCACGAGCACGCCGAACAGUAUCCACUAGCGGCUGAGGCCAUAGUUGAGCGAACAUAUGUCGAUGACUACUUGGAUUCCUUGGAUACUCCAGAGGAAGCGGUUACGCGUAUAAAUGAAGUCAGGUAUGUGCAUUCUUUAGGAGGGUUUGAGAUUCGCAAUUUCGUGUCAAACUCGACUGAAGUUCUCAAAAAAAUCGGUGCCGCAUCUGUACAAAAGAACAUUUCGCUCAAGUUCGAGCCAGGCGUAGAAGAGUCAAAUCAAGUUGAGCGAAUCCUAGGAAUGAUGUGGAGACCUCAUUCCGAUACCUUUACCUUCAAUACAAUCAUGCAACCAGCGAUUGAACGAAUUUUAAAUAGCAGCAGAGCGCCUACGAAGCGGCAAAUUUUGAGCACGGUCAUGAGUCUAUUUGACCCCUUAGGUCUCGUCGCACACUUUGUAGUGCAUGGUAAAAUACUGAUGCAAGAACUGUGGAAAUAUGGAGCUGAAUGGGAUGAUGUUAUACCUGAUGAGUUAAUUGAAGUCUGGAAUAGGUGGAGAAAUUUACUGCCAAGAUUGAACGAAGUCAGCGUGCCGCGGUGUUUUUUUCCUGGGAUGGUUAUUUCGGCUCUCGAUGGACUUCAAUUACAUGUGCUUGUUGAUGCUAGCGAGUCUGCAUUCGCAUGUGUAGCGUAUUUACGGAUCCUGAAAAGUGAUAAUCCUACAUGUGCUUUGGUUGCUGCGAAGACGAAAGUAGCUCCUCUCAAACCCAUAUCUAUGCCCCGGUCAGAGCUACAAGCAGCGUUGAUGGGAGCUCGGCUGAUAGAGAGUGUGUCCGAAACUUUGAAACUUCCAAUUGGUCGUAGAUACUUGUGGACUGAUUCCCUCACAGUUCUCUCGUGGCUUCGAUCCGAUAGUCGUCGUUAUCACCAAUUUGUUGCCUUCCGCGUUGGAGAAAUUUUAACAAAAACAACUAUUUCUGAGUGGAGGUAUGUGCCAUCUAAACUAAAUGUGGCGUUUGAUGCAACCAAAUGGGGAAACGGACCAAGCUUUUGUCCGUCUGAUCGGUGGUUCACAGGUCCCGAGUUUCUUCAACAGCCGGAAAAUUUGUGGCCAGCAGACCGAAAAACCAAUUCGCAACCGGAAGAGGAACUUAGGGCUGCCUUUCUACACCAUAACGAACUGCCCAAUACUCUUAUUGAAAUAACACGGUAUUCACGGUGGGAAAGAUUGAUUCGUGCAACAUCCUGCUUCCUUCGUGUGGCUCAAAGAUUCAAAAAGGUGGUGAUAACAGGUCCCUACACAUCAGAAGAGAUGCAGCGAGCGGAGACUUUUUUGAUCAUACAAGUACAAACUGAGGUAUACCCCGCAGAAUACCGGCUUCUCAAAAAGAAUAUCAAAAAUGCGGAAACCGUUUCGAUAUCUAAGCUCAGUGUUUUGUACCCGUUGUCACCGUUUAUGGAUGAGUUCGGUGUAAUACGAAUGGACAGUAGAAUCGGCGUGGCUCCGCAUCCAUUAGUUGAAAACAAGUAUCCCAUCAUCCUACCGAAGAACCACCAUUUCACUGAUCUUCUCAUUUACCACUAUCACCAACGAUUUUUUCAUCGUAACAACGAGACAGUCUGCAACGAAAUCCAUCAACGUUAUAGAAUUCAAAACCUUCGCGUUUCUGUGCGAAGAGUAGCAAAAUCAUGUAAACUAUGUCAAAUUAGAAAUGCUCGACCACGGCCUCCGAGAAUGGCUCCUCUGCCAACCGCUCGACUUACACCAUACAUCAAACCUUUCACUCAUACUGGAGUUGAUUUCUUCGGACCUCUAAUGGUUAAACAAGGUCGAAGCCUCGUUAAGCGCUGGGUGUCUCUUUUUACUUGUUUGACUAUACGGGCAGUCCAUGUUGAAAUUGUUCACAGUCUAUCGGCCAGCUCUUGCAUACUAGCUAUUCGAAGGUUUAUUGCUCGUCGUGGAUCACCUUCUUCCUUCUAUUCUGACAACGGGACGAAUUUCAGAGGUGCGUACAACAUUCUACGGCAUCAGAUACAAAACAUUAAUGAAGAAUGUGCAAUUACUUUCACAAAUACCAAUACUCAAUGGCAUUUUAACCCACCGCUAACCCCACACAUGGGAGGGUGCUGGGAAAGAAUGGUGCGCUCGAUUAAAGAGGCAAUGCAGGCCGUUGGUGAACAUGUACAAAACCCAAGUGAUGAGAUUUUGGAAACGGUUGUUCUAGAAGCGGAAUCAAUUGUCAACUCCCGCCCUUUAACUUACGUUCCUCUUGAUAAUUUCGAUUCAGAAGCCCUCACCCCUAACCUUUUUUUAAUGUACAGUGAAAAAGGGAUUACACAACCAGCCCGAUUGAUUCAAACAGACACACGCGUUCUACGCGACAGUUGGCGCCUUGCGCAAACGUUGGUUGAUCUCUUCUGGUCCAGAUGGAUUAAGGAAUAUUUACCUUCGAUAGCUCGGAGAACGAAAUGGUUUGAUGCCGUUAAACCACUAGAAGAAGGAGAUGUGGUAAUAGUGAUCAACGAAAAUCGCCGAAAUGGUUGGGAACGUGGACGUAUCCUGGAAGUAGUCAAGGCUGCUGAUGGCCAAGUGCGGCAGGUCGUCAUACAAACUGCAACCGGAGUAUGUCGUCGACCAGCUACUAAAGUAGCUCUUUUGGAUGUUCGUCAGGAGUAG